AUGUUCAGGUGGACAGUUUCGCCGAGAUGGACUGGGCUGACGCGCUAUCGCUUAGCAUGGAUAUGGAUGCGUUCGCCAGUUUCAGUCAGUGCUGUCCUGUUCUUCUCCUUCUUCUUCUUCGCCUCAACCACACAGUGGGGCAGCAGUCAGUCCAUUAGCUAUUUCUGCCCGCUAGACCGCUUUUCAUUUGUGCAACUUGUGGUUGGUUGGCGGCUCGCUGACGAUCCAUUCAAACGUAUCGCAAUGGUCGUGGCUGAUCUAACCGAUAAGCAUUGA